UAAAGCAGUAGGUCAGAAACUCAAUGGAAUGUAGUAAUUGUCAUGAUGGUUAAGGAAAACCAUGAUAUCUGUCUAAAUACUCUCAAUUUCCAGCAAAUUAACAAAUGACUUCUCUUGUGUCCGAUCUCGCGCAAAAGAAAAAAAAAAAACUCAACGGUGUCUGCCCGAGAACUUCAAUUAGCUAAACGCACUUGCAUUCAAUCAUUCAGUUUCACCCGUCUGUGCGUGUUCUGUUGACUUUUGUGGCGUCUGGGAAGUGAAAAAAUGCAGCGUGCUCCCGUGACAGUUGAGGAACAAUUAUUGCAAAAAGCGAUUAAGGAAGAGUGUACGUGGGAGAACCUUCCAAAGAGGAUUCAAGCUAUUCUUUCUUCUAAAGAAGAAUGGCACAGAAGGAUAAUCGAAAGUUGCAUAAAGAAGAGAAUCCAAUGGAAUAGUUGUUUUGCUCGUAAAGUUUGUAAAGAAAGCGAAUAUUAUGAAGAGAUGAUGCGAUACUUGCGGAAGAAUCUUGCUCUAUUUCCGUAUCAUCUGGCAGAAUAUAUUUGCCGUGUAAUGAGACUAUCACCUUUCAGAUAUUAUUGUGAUAUGAUUUUUGAAGUUAUGAGAAAUGAGCAACCUUAUGACAGCAUCCCGAAUUUUAGUGCCGCUGAUGCUUUAAGGCUUACAGGAAUUGGGAGGAAUGAAUUUAUUGAUAUAAUGAACAAGUGCAGAUCUAAGAAAAUCAUGUGGAAGCUGAACAAGUCAAUUGCCAAAGAACUUUUACCUACACAGCCUGUGGAUUUUCCUAUUGAACCUUGGUGGGGAGUUUGUUUGGUGAACUUUACUUUGGAAGAAUUUAAGAAACUUUCAGAAGAGGAAAUGGCCAUGAUAGAUAAACUUUGUAAGGAGGAAGCAAAUUCAUUUAUCUUGUUUGAUCCUGAUGUUGUAAAAGGUCUUUAUGGUCGAGGAUUGAUCUAUUUUGAUGUUCCUGUGUAUCCUGAUGAUCGCUUUAAAGUUUCCAGGCUCGAAGGUUUCGUUUCCAACAGGGAGCAGUCUUAUGAAGAUCCUAUAGAAGAGCUACUAUAUGCAGUGUUUGUUGUUUCAAAUGAAAAUGCAUCUGUUGCUGAAUUGGCAGCAACCCUACAGGCUGACUUGUCACAACUGCAGGCUGCUGCGUCUUUUGUAUGUAGAUUGGGAUGGGCAACGAAAGUAAUUGAUCCAGCAUCUAUUCUCCAGGAUGCAAACAUACCUGGAUCUCCUAAAAGUGCAGGCAGUGAUGAAGAUGCUUCUAUGGGUAGUCAUGGUUUUCAUAAUAUGCUCACUGAUAGUAAUAACAAUCAAGGUGAUGCUUAUGGUCCUCAUUCUUCCUAUACACGUGUUGCUUUCAUAGUUGAUGCUACUAUAACAUCAUAUCUUAUGAUGGGUUCUGUUUCGCCAGGCCUGAAAUCUCAUGCUGUUACACUCUAUGAAGCGGGGAAAUUGGAUCAUGCUGUCAUUGCUGAUCUUUGCAAGGAUCUUAGCACUCUGGAAGGUGCCAAAUUUGAGGGAGAGCUACAGGAAUUUGCAAAUCAUGCAUUUAGCUUGCGUUGUGUGUUAGAAUGUCUACAAUCUGGUGGAGUUGCUUGUGAUGCAAAAGUUGGUGAAGAUAAGAUGAACCCGGCUACAUUAGAAAAUAAUAAGUCUAGUUCUCCAUUAUCGGAAAUAUCUCCGACUAACAAAUAUGGAGACUCUGGUAUUACGGAAGCUGGGAAGAAUGGUUGUGAUAUAUUGAGUUCAGUUUUAGAGAAUUCAGUACAGCCUGCUUCCACUGAAGCUACUCCUAGUAAUAUGGUUAGUGAAACCUGUUCUAUUGCUUUUGAUGAUGAUGAUAGUCAUGUACAGGACGAAGCCACGUUAGAAAAUGAUGAGUCUAGUUCUCCAUUAUCAGAUAUAUCUCCGACUAACAAAUAUGGAGACUCUGGUAUUACGGAAGCUGGGAAGGAUGAUUGUGAUAUAUUGAGUUCAGUUUUAGAGAAUUCAGUGCAGCCUGCUUCCACUGAAGCUACUCCUAGUAAUAUGGUUAGUGAAACCUGUUCUAUUCCUUUUGAUUAUGAUGAUGAUAGUCAUGUACAGGACGAAGCCAGUAAAGAUGGAAAUCUUCGGAAUGAUGAGAAACUAAUGGUUGAAGAGGCCGAUGUUGGAAAAGAAAUGUCGAAAAAUUUUAAGAAAUAUCGUGUAGACAUUCUCCGUUGUGAAAGCUUGGCUUCACUUGCUCCAGCAACCCUUGAUCGAUUGUUUGUUCGUGACUAUGAUGUAGUUGUGUCCAUAGUGCCUCUUCCUCAUUCGUCAGUUCUUCCUGGAUCCAAGGGUCUAGUUCAUUUUGGUCCCCUCUCGUAUUCUUUUAUGACUCCUUGGAUGAAAUUGGUAUUAUAUUCAACUGUAGCUAGUGGCCCUAUAUCAGUUGUUCUGAUGAAAGGACAAUGUCUGCGCUUUCUUCCUGCUCCAUUGGCUGGUUGUGAGAAAGCUCUCAUAUGGUCUUGGGAUGGCUCCACAAUAGGAGGGUUGGGAGGGAAGCAUGAAGGAAAUUUAGUAAAGGGAAGUAUACUACUCCAUUGUUUAAAUUCACUUCUUAAACAUUCAGCUGUGCUGGUACAGCCUCUAAGUAGGUUUGACCUUGAUGAAUUUGGAAAGAUGACUACAAUGGAUAUCCCUCUGCCCUUAAAGAACAUUGAUGGAUCAAUUACGUCUGUUGGAAAAGAGCUAGGAAUAUGUGAAGGGGAAUGUUCAAAACUGAAUUCUCUCUUGACUGAUUUGGCUGAAAAGAUGGAACUAUGGACAAUUGGGUAUAUUCGCCUGCUGAAAUUAUUUAUUGAACAAGAAUCAGGCCAGUUCACGCCUGAAGAAGAGAAAUAUGAAUGGGUCCCAUUGAGUGUUGAAUUUGGGAUUCCGUUAUUCAGUCCAAAGUUGUGUAGUAAUAUAUGUCAGAGGGUUGUUUCAUCUGAAUUACUUCAAUGUGGCUCAUUUGAAGAACACCAUCAUGCAAUGCAAAGCUUAAGGAAAAACCUGCAUGACAUGUGUGCUGAGUACGAAGCAACAGGUCCUGCUGCGGAGGUUCUUUACCAGAAGCAGAAAGCCAAGGGAUCCCCACGACAACUAAUGAAUUAUGCUAGUGGAAAGUGGAAUCCACUCAUGGACCCUUCUUCUCCAAUUUCAGGGGCCUCGAGUCAGCAUCAAAGGCUAAAACUUGCUAAUCGACAACGCUGCCGAACUGAAGUUUUAAGCUUUGAUGGCAGCAUUCUUAGAUCUUAUGCCUUAGCUCCUGUUUACGAAGCUGCCACAAGGCCCUUUGAAGAUGGUACUCAAGCCAACCCAUUAAAAGCUGAAACAGAUGAAAGUGAUAGUAAAGAAGCCAUCCUUCCUGGAGUAAAUCUUAUUUUUGAUGGUUCUGAGUUGCUUCCAUUUGAUAUAGGUGCCUGCCUCGGGGCACGUCAACCUAUUUCCUUAAUAGCAGAAGCAGCAGCUGCCUCAGCAUCUUUACCUAUCAAAUAGUUCUGCAGUUAACAUAGAUUACAGUGCAUUGAAAAGCAUGACCGCUGGCCAAUCAUGUUGUUACCAUCUUCGACAUUGUUGAUUAUGUAUCCACGUAGUUGGGUUCAGAUUGAAGCCAAGUUUCAUAUUUUCUUGUUGUAAAACUAUAGUUGUUAAAAACUACAUUCAAUGCUCGACCUCUGUGGCAGUACCAGCAGCCUUAAGUUUUACUGACCUGGUUUUCUAUUUGAAACAAGGAUGUAUAACACGAUGCGAAACAGAUUUUGAAACUUGUAGACUGAUUGUUCUUUCUAAAA